CUCGAUCCGUUCGCGUUUUGCCCAAGGCUUUCGGCAGUUACAAGAAAAUCUUCUGUUAAAUUUUCCUUUCCGUUUCCCCGCUGUUUCUUUUGUUUGCUUGCUUUUCGCCUCUUUUAAUAGUUUUUUCCCCUUUUAAUCUCACGCCCAACCCAAAACAUUCUAUGUUUCUAUGCUUAAUGCACAGCUGCUGGGCUUGCAUCCUUGAUUCAGGAGUCGCGAAUAGUGAAAAUUAAAAAAAAGUGUAUGUCUCUCGCAUACCUUGCAGAAUUAAUACAAAAAUCAAGAGAGCCUUGUAAAGAACUUGAUCGUUUCUGCUGGCAGUUGGGUACCAGUAAGUCAGGAACUGAAACACCGAAAAGCCAGAUUCCACUUUCGCCUUAUUUCAGUCCUGUUUUCCACUGAUCUUUGAAACAGCAUGGGGCAAGGAAAUUCUUGUAAAUAAGAUGUUUCAGUCUAGAUUUGAGAAUCCUAAUCAAGAGACUGUUCCUUUGCUUAAGAAUAACUGGAUUCCUACUAUACAAGCAUGGAAGUGGUCUUGCAUUAUCGACCAUAUCAGAGAGAUCUAAUAAAACUGCAGAAAUUUGCAGAAGCAGCAGUGAAGGAGUUUCCCAUUCGUCAGUUACCAAGAUUUACACCCUGGUUUCCAAAUGAUUUAUACAGACUUCCCCUCAAACCAAAAAAGCAGCCACCUGUUAUUUCUUGUGAGGAAGCAGAAGAAUUGAAACAGCUUUCUACAACUUCAGACUAUAUUACAGAAUCUCCUGAUUAUGACUGCACAAAAAAUCUCCUUGAGUUUCAGUCUAACAUGAAACAUGGGCAGACCUUAAUCCAAGCACAAACUGUUCACAGACCUAUUAACUUGGAGAAUCAAGGAGAACCACCACCUAAUGGAAAACAAAAAUUGAAAAGGUCUUGGAGUGUCUCUCUCCCUAGCCCUAAGCUUAAAGAAAAGAUUCUUCCUUUAUCUCAAGAACUGCAAAAUAAUUUGGAAAGACUAAAACUGCAUGCAUUUUAUAGAGCAAAGUGGACAAUUGAGCAGUCUAUUUGUAAUAAUCAGAAUUUGGAGGACAUCUGGAUAAAAUUGAAUAGACUCAUCAAGCAGAAUGAAUUGCCAUCUUGCAAUGCUACUAUCCAAAGAUCUGUGGGACAGAUAUGGAUUUUCUGUGAUAUAUUAUACUGUGAAUAUGUUAGAAAUAUUCUUAGAGAAAAGCUAAGCCUUACUGAUAAAAUGAAUUUACUUGUACAUAAAUUUGGAAUUAUAUUUAGUUUAUAAUUGUAAGAUAGAGUUUCAUAAU